AUGAAGAUGUGUGACUCUGGGGAAUGUGGCAGUCGGGGGAAGCCUGCUCUGUCUUUUUCUAUUGAAGAGAUCUUAAAGAAACCCUCUGCUAGGACCUGCCUAAACAGUACACCAAGGACUAGCCGGAGCCAUGCCAAAGCAGCUCCAGCCAUGGGAUCAGGGCUACAGCUGGAACUUGCCCUGGAUGCCAGCAGCAUGUGGAAAUCAGACAAUGCCUUACCUUCAGCAAAGAUGCUUCGCUCAGCCUCACCCUCUGCACUUGUGGCCAAGGCCAGUGCAAUGGGGCCAGUUCACUGCAGAAGACCCACUGCCCUGGAUGCAAGCCCAACUGCCUUUCUUAGUGAAGAUGAGGUACAUGAGCACCUAGGAGGCAAGAGAAAACAUGAAGAAGAGGAAGCUCAGCUGUGUGAUUUCCCAGCAGACCAUCCACUCCAUGAUGAGAGGAAAGGGAAGCGGAGAAUCCGGACGACAUUCACAGCAGAGCAGCUCCAGGAGCUAGAGAAGAUUUUUCAGGUCACUCACUAUCCAGACAUUCACAUCCGCAACCAACUGGCAGCAAAGAUCAACCUCCCUGAAGCCAGGGUCCAGAUCUGGUUCCAGAACCAGCGAGCAAAGUGGAGGAAACAUGAAAAAUUAGGAUAUUUCGGUGGCCUCCAGCAUCUGACCGAAGCAGAUUUCAUUCCAGCUCCAAAGUUGGAAAUCACAGGUUCCAGCCCGAUGCCCAGCAACAUCUGUGCUGCAGGACCCCCCAUUGAGUAUUACUCACCAGCCCAAGGGUAUCUGACGUCAGCCUGGCUGUCCAACACAUUGCCUUUUGUUCCUACACACUUGGACCCGCUGCCCUUUCCUAAAUGUUAUCUGUUCUUUGACUACCUCCCUCCAUAUGGCAUCCCUCUGCCGCAGAAGACUGAAUGGAACAGUAUUCGUGCCAGUUCCACAUAA